UCAAUGAGUACUAAUUCUAAUGCCUUUGUUUUUCCUCUUGCUUUCUGUUUAGUUGGGAUAUCUCAGCUGCUGCUUUGCCCAGGUGAUGCUCCCAACUGUGAUCCCAAUUUGAUUGAAGCCAGUGAUAGGGACAGGCUCCAAUUUGCUUUGAACUUGGAAUUCUUGGAGACCGAGUUUUUCUUGUAUGCUGCUCUUGGCAAAGGUCUAGAUGCUAUCAGUCCAAAUUUAACCCUAGGCGGCCCCCCUCCGAUUGGUGCUCAGAAGGCGAAUCUCGACCCUCUUGUUCGUCGUAUCAUCGAGGAAUUCGGUUAUCAAGAAGUUGGUCAUAUCAGAUCAAUUAUUAGAAAAGAAGGAGGGUUUCCCAGGCCUUUGUUAGAUCUCAGCCGUCAGAAUUUCGCAAAACUAAUGGAUCGAGCAGUGGGUUUCACUCUGAACCCGCCAUUCGAUCCAUAUGCAAACUCACUUAAUUAUCUCUUGGCAACCUACACCAUCCCUUAUGUGGGAUUAGUAGGUUAUGUUGGCACAAUUCCAUACCUUAAAAACAUGACAUCUUGCAGAUUGGCUGCAUCACUUUUGGGGGUUGAGAGUGGACAAGAUUCGGUCACACGUACAUGUCUCUAUCAGAGAGCCUUUGAGAAGGUGCAGCCCUAUAACAUCACAGUGGCUGAUUUUACAAACCGUAUUUCUAUGCUUAGGAACGAUCUUGCAAUGUGUGGGAUCAAAGAUGAAGGCAUCAUAGUGCCGGAGAAGCUUGGGGCGGAGAAUCGGACGUCCAGUAACAUCAUAUCAGCCGAUCCUAACUCGCUUUCGUAUGCAAGGACACCGCCGGAGAUAUUGAGGAUUGUAUAUGCAAGUGGCAAUGAAUCACUGCCGGGCGGAUUUUACCCUAAAGGUGCAAAUGGGAAUAUUGCAAGGCGCUUCUUGAAGAUUAAUUAACGCUCUCUGCCUCUCUAAUCAAUACAAGAUUUAACACAAUCCACUUUGUUAGCCAAACUGCCAAAGUGAGUAUGAAAUUACUCAAAUACCCUCAUGUACACUAUAGGUCAUAUUAAAUUUGCGUUUAAUGAAUAAGGGAUGUCAAUAUAAUUAGCAAAAGAGUCCAUAAGUGCAUCCAGCAA